AUGGCGGAGCCCGGCGACUCUCCGGUCCACGUCCAGCCCCAGCAAGCAGCCCCGGUGGCGACGGCGACGGCCGCGGCCACGGCAGCCCCGGUUCCGGCGGCAGCGGCAGUGGCGGCAGCUGCCGGGGCGGCCUCGGCGGCCCAGGCCAUCGGCUGGCCCAUCUGCAGGGACGCGUAUGAGCUGCAGGAGGUGAUCGGCGGUGCUACUGCUGUGGUCCAGGCCGCGCUAUGCAAACCCCGUCAAGAGCGAGUAGCAAUAAAACGCAUCAACUUAGAAAAAUGCCAGACGAGCAUGGAUGAGCUACUAAAAGAAAUUAAAGCCAUGAGCCAGUGCAGCCAUCCCAACGUGGUGACCUAUUACACCUCUUUUGUUGUAAAGGAUGAGCUUUGGCUGGUUAUGAAAUUAUUAAGUGGAGGUUCAAUGCUGGAUAUCAUAAAGUAUAUUGUCAAUCGAGGAGAGCACAAGAAUGGAGUCCUGGAAGAAUCAAUAAUAGCUACAAUUCUUAAAGAAGUUUUGGAAGGCUUAGAAUAUCUCCAUAGAAAUGGUCAAAUUCACAGGGAUUUGAAGGCUGGUAAUAUUCUUUUGGGAGAAGACAGUUCAGUACAAAUAGCAGAUUUUGGUGUUAGUGCUUUCUUGGCAACGGGAGGUGAUGUUACCUGCAAUAAAGUAAGGAAAACAUUUGUUGGCACCCCUUGUUGGAUGGCACCUGAAGUCAUGGAACAGGUGAGAGGCUAUGACUUCAAGGCCGAGUGGAGUUUUGGGAUAACGGCCAUUGAAUUGGCCACGGGAGCUGCACCCUAUCACAAAUAUCCUCCUAUGAAAGUGUUAAUGUUGACAUUGCAAAAUGAUCCUCCCACUUUAGAAACUGGAGUAGAACACAAAGAAAUGAUGAAAAAAUAUGGCAAGUCCUUUAGAAAAUUACUUUCCUUAUGCCUUCAGAAGGAUACUUCUAAAAGGCCCACAGCAGCAGAACUUUUAAAAUGCAAAUUCUUCCAGAAAGCUAAGAAUAGAGAAUAUCUGAUUGAAAAGCUGCUCACGAGGACACCAGAUAUAGCACAGAGAGCCGAAAAGGUUAGAAGGGUUCCUGGAUCCAGUGGUCAUCUUCACAAGACCGAAGAUGGAGACUAGGAGUGGAGUGAUGACGAAAUGGAUGAAAAGAGUGAAGAAGGAAAAGCAGCAUUUUCUCAGGAAAAGUCACAAAGAGUAAAAGAAGAAAAUCUAGAGAUCACAGUGAAUGCCAGUAGUAUACCUGAGCAGAUACAGUCACUUUCUAUACAGAACUCUCAGGGUCAGCCUAAUAUUAACGAAGAAUUUACGGAAACUUCUUGUGCCGUGAAUCUUGUUUUAAGAUUGAGGAACUCCAGAAAGGAACUUAAUGACAUACGAUUUGAGUUUACUCCAGGAAGAGUUGCUGCGAAUUUGCAGAAGAUUGUAGAUGACCCCAAAGCAUUAAAAACAUUGACAUUUAAGUUGGCUUCUGACUGUGAUGGGGCAGAGAUCCCUGACGAGGUGAAGCUGAUUGGCUUUGCUCAGUUGAGUGUCAGCUGA